AUGGCCUCCAUCUUUAAGCGCUGUCCCGAGCCACUAGUGCUACUCUUCCUGGUACCCCUGGCAAUCCAACUCUCCUGCUUCGUUGCUACUGCUACCUACAGCAACCACUCUUCCGUCGGCGGCAUGUUGCCAGUUCAUUGCCGGCCGGACCAGGCGUCAGCGCUCCUCCGGCUGAAGCGCUCCUUCACCGUCACCGACGAGUCCGCGUGUACCCUCGGCUCGUGGCGGGCCGGCACGGACUGCUGCCGCUGGGAGGGCGUCCGGUGCCGCGACGCCAGCGGCCGUGUGACCUCGCUUGACCUGGGAGAUUGCGGCUUGCAAAGCCCUGCUCUUGAUCAUGCCGUUUUCAGGCUCACCUCCCUUCGGCACCUCAACCUCGCCUGGAAUGACUUCAAUCAUUCCCAGCUCCCGGCUUCUGGGUUCGAGCGCCUCGCCGAGCUCAGGCAUCUCAAUCUCUCCACCUCCAGCUUUGAUGGACAGAUACCGGAUGGAAUAAGACGCCUCACUAAUUUGGUAUCUCUUGACCUCUCAAGCACCUUUAAUGUUGAAGACGACCACGCUGAUAGCUAUGCAUGGUAUGGCUACGAAGGGUAUGGCAUAGAGGGGGUAGAUCAUCCUGCUUCUUUCCUCGUAGAGCCAAACAUAGCGUCAUUGGUCGCUAAUCUUACCAAUUUGAGAGAGCUCAAUCUCGACUCCGCAAACUUGUCUGGGAAUGGUGUCGAGUGGUGCACUGCCUUUGCCAAUUCAACUACUCCUCAGCUGAAUGUUCUGAGCCUACGGUAUUGCAAUCUUUAUGGUCCAGUUUGUGGAUCACUUUCCAGUAUACCCUCACUCACUGUGAUUGACCUACAGUAUAAUUUCUUAUAUGGCCCAAUUCAAGUGUUCCUUGCUGAUUUACCAUCCUUGAGUGUUCUUCGACUUACCUACAAUCAUCUCGAAGGACAGUUCCCAGUGAGUAUCUUUCAUAAGAGAAACCUAACUGUCCUUGACAUUAGGUACAAUUUCGAAGUCUCUGGUUAUUUGCCAGAUUUCUCGUCAGAUAGUAAAUUGGUAGAAUUGCAGGUUAGCAACACAAAUUUCUCUGGUCCUAUUCCGAGCUCCCUAGGAAAUCUGAAAUCCUUGAACAUGUUGGGCGUUGCAGCAUCUCACUUUACCCAAGAGCUUCCCUCUUCAAUCGGUGAGCUCACAUCUUUAAAUUGGUUAGAGGUUAUUGGAGCUGGUAUAAUUGGACCUAUACCAUCGUGGGUCACAAGAUUAACUUCUUUAGUCCAUCUCGAAUUCUCCAGAUGUGGUUUAUCUGGACACAUACCUUCUUCAAUAGGUAAUCUCAAGAACCUAACCUGGUUAGCCUUAUACAAUUGCAACUUUUCUGGUCCAAUACCUCCACAACUACUCAGUCUAACCCUGCUAAGAAGGCUAUAUCUUCAAUCAAACAGCUUCACCGGUACAGUGGACCUCAGUUCAUUCCAGAAACUACGAGAUCUACACACAUUGAAUCUCUCAAACAAUAGACUUUCCGUGAUAGAUGGGGAGUUUUAUUCUUCAUGGGAAAUCCGCUCUUUGGGUCUAGCCUCUUGUAACAUAUCUAGCUUCCCUGAUUUCUUGAGGUAUACAGAUGGGGUCACUAAUCUUGACCUAUCAUAUAAUCAAAUCCGCGGUGCUAUUCCUGAUUGGGCUUGGGAAAAAUGGGACAGAAUGGAAAAUCUGAACUUAUCACACAACCAACUCAGUACUGCAAGUUAUGGCUCUGGUUUCCAAGGUGUUGGAUUAUCUCUUGAUAUCAGUUCGAACGUAAUGGAAGGUCCCUUACCUAUACCUUCCCCCUACAUCGGUCUGUUUGAUUGCUCAAAUAACUUGUUUUCAUCUAUCCCACUUAAUUUUGGUUCUCGACUGAGCUAUAUCUUCUAUAUGAGCGCCUCUAGAAACAACCUCUCUGGAAAAAUUCCAGCGUCAAUUUGUGAUGCUAAGGUUCUGGAGCUCCUUGAUCUCUCUUACAACUAUUUGAGUGGCCCAAUUCCAUCUUGUUUAAUGGAAGAUACCAGUUACCUGCAAUCAUUGAACUUGAAAGAAAAUAAACUUCAAGGACAGUUACCGCAUAAUAUCAAGGAAGAUUGUGCACUGGAGGAAGUAAAUUUGAGCAACAACCGGAUAGAAGGAGAACUGCCACGAUCUCUAGUUGCUUGCGUAGGCUUGCAGGUUUUGGAUAUUGGAAAUAAUCAGAUUAAUGAUACGUUUCCAUGUUGGAUGAGUAUGCUUCCUCAACUUCAAGUCCUUGUCCUCAAGUCAAAUCAGUUAUUUGGAAAUGUGGGGCCUUCUGCAAUAGGGAAGAAAGAAAACCAUUGUGAGUUCUUGAAACUGAGGAUUUUAUCUUUCGCUUCCAACAAUUUUACUGGGACAUUGCCAAACAAGUGGUUUAAAAGUUUCAAAUCCAUGAUGGCUAAAUCUACCAACGACACAUUGUUUAUGCGAAAUGGCUACAGGCAGGUUGACCAAUACCAGUUCACCACUGAGAUUACAUACAAAGGUUCAGUCGUCACAUUUUCCAAGAUUUUGACGACCCUUGUAAUCAUUGAUGCCUCAAGUAAUGGAUUCAGUGGCGUCAUUCCACGGUCAUUUGGAGAGCUCGUUCUGUUAUGUGGGCUAAACCUGUCAAAUAAUGCCUUCACUGGAAUGAUUCCAUCUCAGCUUGGUGCCUUGCAUCAACUUGAGUCACUGGACCUCUCUUCAAAUGACCUGUCUGGGGUGAUUCCAGCUGAAUUAAUAUGGUUGGACUUCCUCUCGGUGUUUAACCUGUCUUACAAUCGGUUGGUUGGAAGAAUACCAGGAUCACGUCAUUUCCAGACAUUCUCCAAUCUCUCUUUCAUGGGAAACAAUGGCCUUUGUGGACCUCCAUUAUCCAAGCAAUGUGACAACUCGGCCUCAAACUCGAGGUUACAUCAUUCAGACAGAGACCAAGUGGAUGUCAUCCUGUUUCUCUUUACUGGACUGGGAUUUGGUGUCGGAUUUGCAGUUACAGUUGUUGUGGUAUGGGAAAUCCGCAUAAGGAAACUAUCUAAAGGUUGCAUUACUUCUUUGUGCCAGAGUAAAGUAUUUUGUAUGUAGAUUACCUGGAUCAUGAAAAGGUCGUCUACUAUCAUACUGAUGCAGUGAACCAUGUAAUCCAGGCCAAAUGAGUCAGAAGUGCUUGA